AUGGACUCCGCCAUGCGAGAAGCAGGGAAGGAGCACGGGCCGCUGGUGGCGGAUCAACGCCUACUCGAGCGCGAGAUCGAGAGCGUAGUUAAGAUUAUCUCCAGGUCGGAGAUGUCUACCGUGUGGCUACAGCAGCGCGACCGGACGGGCGAGGCUAACACGGUCAGCAAAGCUCGACAGAAUCUGCGGCGGCUGUACGCCCGCGCCCGAUCAGCGUGGGCCUUGUCGCGGACGCCGACCUCCUCCCCGGACGCAACAAGCCUCCCCGCCGGAAACUCCCUCAUGCGUGUCGGGCUGGGGGGGCUAAUCUCUCCCAGGGACUGCAACACUAUCGUCCGUGAAGCUCUUAAAGUCGACGAUUGGGCACCGUGGGACGGGGACCUGGGGACGCGCGCCUUGGGGACCAGUCUCGAGAACCUUCCGCUCUCUCGCGCGCUCUGGGACGGGAAGCGCGGGGAGUGCUUUCGGCCAGGCGGCCAAGGGACGGGGAUUAUAUUCUCUGGAAAACUUCGCCACGCGUCGUUGAGAAUACCUCACGGGGAUGGCGCGCCGGCGGGCAGCGGGAACAGCGAAGGGUCUAGGCAAGAGCACCCGCCGGUGCUGCUGCUGAGGGGGUUCGCCUCUAUUCAGCACCCGUCGGUGGCGGAGGAGUCCGCUCGGUGGCAGUGGGGCUCGCCCGCGUGGCACAUAGACGCGCCUUGGAUCAGAGAUCAGGAUAUCCUGGAUCGGGUUUGGGUGGCCAGCGGGUCGGACCUCGGUGCCGAAGCGGCCGACGGGAGGCACCCACCGCCGGCGGGCGGUGCGGCAGCAGCUGCGGCAGCCGGGACGGCACCCGCGGGUGUCGACCCCCCGCGGAGCUACUAUCUCCAACGGAUGAACACCACCCUGGCGCACCGGUACUACCGCCAAGGGUUGGCGGGCAUGGACGUCCCCGUCGUGGACUCUGCUGGGCGCCCCGUGAUUGACCUCGUCGAGGACGGGGGGGUGUCCUCUUGGUGGCGGCGGGGGGUUAUCGGGGCCGACAAGCCGGGCGAGGUUACUCUGAAAGCCGUGCUUCGAAGGCGUUUCCCUUGGUCCCGGCGGCGACAGGUGGGGAAGGCGGGCCUGAGCACCGACGCGGGCGCCUCUCCCCGCAUGGACGCGGCGCUGCAACAGCUGUUCGGGUCUUCUUCUACGUCCUCCGCGGCCGCGGCAGCAAGAAGGGAGCAGGUCGUCGCGGGGGACUCGCCGCUGGCGGCGCGGCAGCAGGGGUCCCCGCUCGUGGGCGUCCCGGUGCCGCCGAUCAAGUACGUGUUCGUCGACCCUCGGUAUCGGGGGCUGGGCUUGGGCAAGCGGCUUUUUCUGGAGGCGAUGCGCAGCCUCGCCCGGCGGGGGUUCCGGUUCGCGUUGAUCGUGGUGGAGGACAACGGCACCGGCGGGCUGUUCGGCUUCUACGAAGACAUGGGGUUCGUCAGGGCGGAGGAGGAGUUGGGGUUGCCGCGGGCCAUGAUUGCGCCCAUCCCGCCGCCGGAUGGAACGUAG